CCGCGGCCGCUCCUCGCGCUCCUCCUCCCGGCCGCGGCGGCUGCGGAUGCGGAUGCGGCUGGGCGCACGCAGAAUCGAAGAGUGGUUGAGUUUGGAAGGGACCUGUGGAGAUCACCUAGUCUAACCCCCUGCUCAAGCAGCGUCACCUAGAGCACAUCACCCAGGAUCGUGUCCAGGCAGGUUUUGAAUACGUCCAAGGAAGGAGACUCCACCACCUCUCUGGGCAACCUGUUCCAGCACUCUGGCACCCUCACAGUAAAAAAGUACACUGCUUUAAGAUAAAGACAUCAUGGAUAAAUAUGAAAUCAUAAAAGAAAUUGGAGAAGGAUCUUUUGGCAAAGUAUUCUUGGCAAAAGGAAAAGUAAAUAAUGAGCAAUGUGUUAUCAAGGAGAUCAAUUUAACUAAGAUGCAUGUGAAAGAAAAAGAAGCCUCUCAGAAAGAAGUCAUUCUUCUGGCCAAGAUGAAUCAUGCAAAUAUAGUAACCUUCUACACUUCUUUGCAAGAAAAAAACAAGCUAUAUAUUGUGAUGGAAUACUGUGAUGGUGGAGAUUUAAUGAAGCGGAUAAAUAUGCAGCAUGGAGUGCUGUUUGACGAGGACCAGAUUCUGAAUUGGUUUGUGCAGAUCGCCUUGGGAUUGAAGCAUAUUCAUGACAGGAAGAUUUUACACAGAGAUGUAAAAGCACAGAACAUUUUUCUUAGCAAUAAUGGAAAGGUAGCAAAGCUUGGGGACUUUGGCAUAGCAAGAGAGUUAAACAACACUAUGGAGCUUGCCUAUACCUGUGUAGGAACCCCCUAUUAUCUGUCACCCGAAAUCUGUGAAAAUCGACCGUAUAACAAUAAAACAGAUAUUUGGUCUCUUGGCUGUGUGCUCUAUGAACUAUGUGCGCUAAAGCAUCCUUUUGAAGGCAAUAGUUUGCACCAGCUGGUGCUGAAGAUCUGCAGAGGACAUUUUCAGCCAGUGUCUCCCAACUAUUCAUAUGAUCUGAGGAUAUUAAUUUCCCAAUUGUUUAAAAUAUCUCCAAGAGAUCGACCAUCUAUCAAUUCUAUUUUAAGGAAGCCCUUCUUGGAGAAGUUCAUUGUCAGACAUUUGCCCUCUGAGUUAAUACAAGAAGAAUUCAGUCACACUGUGAUACACAGAAAAAGACCUUCAACAUUACAGCCUGGAGAGAAGUUGAUACAAGAAGCACAUAAACUUCAAAAAAUGAGAGCCCAGGAACAAAUUCCUCCAGAACGUUGGAUGGUUGUACCUGUCAAGAAACAGGAAUUAUUUCAAAGAAACGAAUGGAAACCUCCUUCAAGAGGGCAACAGCCUAUUUUUCAGCCACAGAGCUCCAGAAUUAGGGUGGCAGAAAGGCCAGAAAAUAUUCGAGUACUUGGGCAUUAUGGCCAUUACUAUGCUAAACUUGACAACUUGCAGAGGAAAGCUAAUGCACAUUAUGACCUUUCUCACAUCAGCCAAAGAGCUGAGGAAUACUAUAAACUAAAGGGACAAGUUGCACCUUCACCCCCACCACCCAACUGGCCUGCAGAUUAUCUUCAAAGGCGUUUUGAAGCCCAGCAGUACAAGAUUAAGGUGGAAAAGCAGUUGGGACUGCGGCCAUCCUCUGCUGACCCAUAUCAUGACCAAAUACAGCAGCAGAAAAUAAAGGAAGAGCAUCUCAAAAGCCAGCUGGACAUAUUGAGAAAGAAUGAAAUGAAAGAACAGAAGUACCUCAAACAAUUAGAAAAGAUUCGGAAAGAAUACCAUAGUGAUCUAAAAGAACUCAGAUUCAGAGCAGGUGUACUCCAGGAGAAUCCAAAAAUACAAGGUAAAACCUAUCUUGUGAAGCAAGGGAAAGCUGAGGACCAGUUUGAAACCAGGGAUACAUCUGCGACAAGAGAACAAUCAGUUCAGGAUGUGGAAGAAAACUUUAAACAAGUCAGGCUCCAGGAUUUGCAGGACCAAAAAGUCUUAGAAAAGAAACAUAAUGCAAAGGUACUAGAUAAACUCAGUGAUACUUUAACUUUUGUGGAUGGUGAGAAUCUUAAGGAGAAAUUGGUGGAAGUUUAUGAAGAUCAUACAGACAGGGCUUUGGAAGAACUAGCUGGAUGCCAAACAGAGUCCAGUGAUGUAGGUGAUACCAAAGAAAACAGAAAACAUUGGCAAGCUGGAACCCCUCAGAUGCUCCUGAAUGUUUUAGCUGAUACUGAUGUUACAUCUGUAUCCCCUACUAUGACUGAAAAUGAACUUGUUGACCAUGUUAUUCUGCCUGAAGACACCCCAGAAAACAAGAAGCAGUGGAAAAAAACAGCACCAAGGACACUCCUGAAUAUCUUAGCAAAAACAGAACUGUCUAAUGACUCCUUUAUUCAGCUUGAAGAGGAAAUAGAAGGGACAUUAUUAACCUCGUUGCCUCCAGAAGAAAACAAGGAAGAUGAUUCAGAAACAUACUCUGCUGUUGACACUGAUGAAGGCAGACUUGAGCCAAGAUCAGACGAUGACGACACAAAUUUUGAAGAUUCUGAAGAUGAACUGAGACAUGGGUUGGAGGGAUCCCUAGAAAAACUGGUAACUUCACCAGCAGAGAGAACCAUAGAGUUUCCCAUCCCUUCAAUCAAUAAAGGUCAAACAGAUGAAGAAAAGAUGAGCUUACCUACCAAACUACUUAGAAAAUCUGAGAAGGAUUCAGAAAAUAACCCUGGGCCAUUUAGUGUUGACACGUAUAAUGAAAAAGGCAAGCAGGAAGCAACAGCUACCUAGAGUACUAGAGUAAUUACUGUUUCAAAACUUUAGUUUGCUUGAAACUUUAGCCACAUCAGUAGCAAGAUUUAAAAACAGACAUCUGACAUUAAAUGACAAAUGACAUUAAAUCAGUUGCUUUUCAACACUGCUAAACACUCAAUUAAAAUUAAUAGAGGGUUGGUGUCAUUCCUGUCUAAAAGAAAAAAAAAAUCAGGCUACUUAUUCAGAUGCCUACAUGUUGAAAAAUCCUAUCCAGACUGAAAUGAAUUUUCAUCUUUAUUAUUCUAAACUACUCUGGACAUCUCUGACAACACUGACUUUAGUAAAUUUCUGAUUAUAUGCUCUUUUCGAUCAUUUUUGUACCAUUUAAGAAAGUGUCCCAGUCAGUAUAUUCGUAUUUUCCUUCUCAAAUUCCUGUUUUAAGAAGCUUUUCCAGCUUUUCAUUGUCUUUGUGUUGCCAAUAUAGCUUUAUAAUCCUCAUGUUUAAUUUACACAGUACUUGCUGUACAUAGUAUCACCAACUACUCAGCAGUUUUAUAUAGUAGCAGUAGUAGUGUUUAUUAGCACCAAGAGAACUUCAUUCCCAAAUUCCUAGUAGGUUCUUCCAACCAUAUUUUUUCAUAUACAAAAUUUCAUAUAACCUAGAUAAAGUUAAAUAGAGGGGAAAAAGACAUUUUAACUCUGAUUUCAGUAGCUUUUUGCACUUCUCUUUAUACUGCUUUGUUGGCUCAGAAAAGGCUAUACAUUUUUCCACUUUUGACAAAAAAACAGUCUACUCUUUUAACUAUUUGUUCACUUUGUUUUCAAUUUAAUAAUAAGCAGUAGUUUACAGUUGGAAAGUUUAUAUUUGUGUAUCAUUUAAACCUGUCCUCUAAUCUAGAGCCUCCUUUUCCUUAGGAAUAGGAAAAUUUUCAAUAGAGAAGAAUUGCAAAAAUACUGUUGUCAUAUAGUAGGACAGGAGAAAAUAAUGUAAGUAGCAUAUACAAGUGAAGUUAUUACACAUAUUAAAAUGCAAACUAGCAAAUACCAUAUGAUUAACCUAGAGCAAUCACUGUAGUUAACACUAAUGAAAUCUCCAUUUAAGCCCCAUUUGAGAAACAGCUACCUACAUGUUCUGUUCUUCAUUAAAAAAUGCAAGCAAAAGAAUCCUAAAAAUGAAUGCAUUUUCUUUUCAUACUGUUAGAAAGUACUUAACUGUACCAAUGGAAGAAGUCUAUUUAUGGAUACAAGUACCUGUAGACACAUUGUGUGUUUCUGGAAGGAUUCUGCACAUUAUUAGAAAAUUAAAGUUUUCAUCAGAAAUAAAAGGGAACAUAUCUUAUGCAUUAGAAGAUCAAGAAGAACCACAGUUAAAACCCUGCAGAACAGAAUUUUGUCACUCAGUGGGGGACAGCAAAUUAAAAAUGUGAUAAAGAUUCUGGAAAAAAAUCUGGAUAUGAAAGCUAUCACACAAAAGUGUUAAUUUUAAAAAGUGUGACGGUGGGUGAAGAGGCAUGAAAUGGGUGGGGACUGACUGAAGGCAAAAUAAAUAUUCAAUAAAUAAAAGA